AUGUUCAAUAACAGGCACUGGGUAUUCCAACAAGAUUUGGCGCCAGCUCAUAGAGCGAAGAGCACACAAGACUGGCUGGCGGCGAGUGAAAUCGACUUCAUCCGGCACGAAGACUGGCCCUCCUCCAGUUCAGAUUUGAAUCCGUUAGAUUACAAGAUAUGGCAACACUUGGAGGAAAUGACGUGCUCAAAGCCUCAUCCCAAUUUGGAGUCACUCAAGACAUCCUUGAUUAAGGCAGCCGCAGAUAUUGACAUGGACCUCGUUCGUGCUGCGAUAGACGACUGGCCGCGCAGGUUGAAGGCCUGUAUUCAAAAUCACGGAGAUCAUUUUGAAUAA